UGCGCAGAAGGUCCCGCGCCAAGCCCGGUUCCACGCCGUCUGUUUCCAGGGCAACUAGGGCGCCUCUUGGCGAUUGCCGCGCUGCUCGAUCGGUUUCCGCGCGCCCUCGCCCAUGGCGGCCGCGGGCCCCAGCGUCUUCCUGCUCAUGGUCAGCGGGCAGGUGGAGAGCGCCCAGUUUCCUGAGUACGAUGACCUCUACUGCAAAUACUGCUUUGUGUACGGCCACGACUGGGCACCCACCGCGGGCCUGGAGGAGGGCAUCUCCCAGAUCACGUCCAAGAGCCGCGACGUGCCGCACGCGCUGGUGUGGAACUUCCCCAUCGACGUCACCUUCAAAAGCACCAACCCCUUCGGCUGGCCGCAGAUCGUGCUCAGCGUGUACGGGCCGGACGUGUUUGGGAACGACGUGGUCCGCGGCUACGGGGCGGUGCACGUGCCUCUCUCGCCCGGCAGACACAAGAGGACCAUCCCCAUGUUCGUCCCGGAGUCCACAUCGAAGCUGCAGAAGUUCACAAGCUGGUUCAUGGGACGACGGCCUGAGUACACGGACCCCAAGGUGGUGGCCCAGGGUGAAGGCCGGGAAGUGACCCGCGUCCGCUCCCAGGGCUUUGUCACUCUGCUCUUCAACGUGGUGACCAAGGACAUGAGGAAGCUGGGCUACGACACGGGGCCUUCGGACUCGCAGGGGGUCCUGGGGCCCAGCCCGCCCCAGGGCCUCCCCCCAUGAACCACCUGCCUCAGUGCCUGGGGGGCGGGGUUUUCAUAAAAUAAAUGGUUGCUUUGUCACAGAACCCAGGCUGGCUGCCUCCUCGCCCCUUCAGCACCGCCCCCGGCCUGAGCCGGGCGGGAGCUG